CGCGCCACACAAUCAAUCGAAAACAAACAUGGCAGCCGUAGCAGUGCGACGCAACGGUGCGAAGCACUGACUUCGUAUCGCAUGGCCUGCCCUUGCACUUGUAGAUAAUGCAGAACAUGUGUUCGAGUGAGGAACUCCACGAAUUGUUCACCAUGUCGAACGCUAAGCGGAUGGAUCGUGCACUUUGACAAGAAAUGGGAAACGUGUUUGUGGGCAGCGGUGAUUCCCUCAAAGAGAUUGCACUGACCCAUUUCAGCACUCUGCGUUUUUCCAAGAGGAGGUUCACUACGACAAUCGAUCAUCUUCCGGAUUAUGUUCUCCUCAACAUCUUCAAUUAUCUUGAUUUCCUGGAACUAUGUGUUAUCGGCCUGGUGUGCCGCAAGUGGUACGCGCUGUCAAGGGACCGCACCCUGCACCGACGUGUGGACCUGUCGCACGUGCAGCUGACCCCCAAACAACUCAAACUGCUGCUUCAGAUGCGUGCCAUGCCACCUGCUGUUGAGGAGCUGCGUGUGUUUGGCGACCACCAUUGCCUCUGGGCUUGUAGCGUGUCACCGCGCGCCCUGCGGCGCAUCCAAAGUCGCUGCCCACGUCUCCGCCGCUUGCGCAUCCACAAUUUCAGUUUCCGUUCUUCGUCGCGCGACAAAUGCGUGCGCCUGGCCGACUUUCCCGAUACUCUAGAGCACCUGUCUCUGCGGGGAUCUAUUGUUGGCAGGUCGUCGUUCUUCAAAGCUAGUCGGCAGGGCCAGAACCUAUCGCGGCUCCAGGUGCUCGAUUUGGGUCGCUGUUUUUUUGUCGCUGAUGCAGAAGCCAAGCCUUGGCCCUGGCUUCCUAGCCUUACUCAGCUGUACCUUGAAGGUUGCCCGUUUUUGGAUAGCACUGGAUAUUUUCAGGAUAUGCUGCGCAAGCUGUCUAAGCUGACAUUGCUUGACGUGGAAGGGACGUAUAUUGCUGAGAAUGCUUUGGAGAUAGUAGCAUCUCACUGCUCUCUGUUGGAGCACCUAUAUGUGGGGUGCACAGCAACGAAGGAUAGUUCACUAGCCGCUAUGGGCAACUUUGGUGGGAUGACCAAGUUGCAGUCAAUCUGUUUGGUGCAGACCCAGGUGACAGAUGUGGGUUUGCUGCACCUGGCACGAGUAGCACCUGAGCUAAAAGUGAUAAUGCUCGAGAUGGACCAGGGAAUCUCGGACCAGGGCAUAGCUGAACUUUGUGACAGGCUGCCUAGUGUAGCUGUCCGGAUUGGCGAAUGCAUUGGCCUUGUGUCAGCUGUUUUUCGACAUGAAGGUUGUGGCCAUUAUGAGCUGCAGUAUGUUGACAGUACUACAUGACCAGCUUCUUCAUGCUCAGUUUUCAUCUCACUCCAUGCAAGGCAGACUAACAUUUACUUCACUCUUCUCAAAUUCAUCAUGCUACAUUAAGCAUCACAAGAUAGCAAAAGCAUGAUGUGCAACAUUUCCAGCAUAC